UUGAAAUGAAUGGAAGAGAAAUUGAUGUACACAACGUGAGGCGUCUACCGGUUGAGAAAAGCCCAUGGCGGGUUCCGACUGGGCAGACGAAUGGCAGCUCGUCAACGACGAUGGCUUCAUCUACAAACGCCCGAAGAAGCGCUCCCGCCUCGAUCCCCAAACUCCAUCCUCCUCCUCCUCCCAUCCACUGCGUCAUGACUACGCGGCGGAGGAGAAGAAGAUUCUCCGGGAACGGAAGAGGGCCGCACUCCUCAAUCUCAAAAACAAGUAUCAAAGGGAGAUUCGCAUGUGGGAACAAUUAUCGAACACCUUGAAUGCGACGUGCGAGAAAGCCUCCGCCCAUCAACAGAUUCAACAAGGGGAUCCGGUAUCAUCAUCUGACCUAGUCUCCGGAACCUCCGAACCGCCGGCGGAUAACUCCUCCCGGAGAAUCAUUGACGACCUCCUUUCUCAGGCGGAAAUUCAAGGAGCCGUGAUUGCCGACAUCUCUAAAUUAUGCGAUGAUGCUGAAGUCUUGUGCAGGUUUCAAGAAGAAAGGCUUAAGAAACGGUUUCUGGACCUUCCAAUUUGGGAAAAAUCUCCACACAGACUCAUUUCUUCACUGUCCCAAGAUUGAGCCCAUUUUCUAGGGUUUUGUCAGAUGAAUGUUAAAAAUCAUUUGACCCCAUUUCAAUCUGUGUCGAUAUUUCUCCAACUGCUGCUAGAAUUUAGCUUGUUCCCUUCGUGUUUCUGGUUUGAACAUUUGUUCUUAGCUGUAUUGAUUGCAGAACUAGCACAAAGGGGAGUCUUGAAAGUGAGCUCUUACAACCAUUAAUGGUGGGACUCUACUCUGGACACUCUUCUCAAUGGUGAUGUUUUGUGUGCCGGGUUUUCCUUUUGUCUGACUAGGAUCAGCUUAAAUGUAUGCUUUUUUCAAGGCCAAUGAGUCCGAACGGUUCAUUUUACUAACAAGUGUGUGUUUCUUUGGUUGAUUCAUUGCUUGUAUUUGGAUUAUUUCGACUCAAGUAUGCAUUUGAGUGUAUUGAGUAAUUGGACAGACAGCUUUGAAUAUUGUGGUAAUGACAUGAGCUGAUUGAAGCAGGGCUUGCUUUGCCAGUCAAUAUGUAUGUUUUGGCCUGUAAGUUUCUCUUUGCUUGUUUAAUGAUGACAAUCUCACCAGGUCUUAAACUGCUGUC